GCGGGCACGGGACGGCGCCCAAGGGGCCCUCGUCGGCUGGGGGUUGGGGGCCCCGAGGGCCGGCCAUCUUCCCUCCGGACGCUGGCGAGUCCGGGGCCAGGACUUGAGGGGCCGGGGGUGCCUGGACCUCGCCUGGGCCGCGCCAUGGUGACGGAGCAGGAGCUGGAGGCCAUCGGGCGGACGCUGCUGGACCCGGGGCAGCCGCUGCAGGCGCGCUUCCGGGCGCUGUUCACAUUGCGCGGGCUCGGGGGCGCCGGCGCCAUCGCGUGGAUCGCGCGGGGCUUCGCCGACGACUCGGCGCUGCUCAAACACGAGCUGGCCUACUGCCUGGGGCAGAUGCAGGACGCGCGCGCCGUGCCCGUGCUGGCCGCCGUGCUGCGCGACGCAGGCCAGGAGCCCAUGGUGCGGCAUGAGGCAGGCGAGGCCCUGGGGGCCAUCGGCGACCCCUCGGUGCUGGAGCUCCUGAAGCAGUACUCCGCGGACCCCGUGACCGAGGUGGCCGAGACGUGCCAGCUGGCCGUGGGGCGGCUGGAGUGGCUGCAGCAGGGCGCCGAGCCCGCGGCCGGGCCCUACCUCUCCGUGGACCCCGCGCCGCCCGCUGAGGAGCGCGACGUGGGGCGGCUGCGGGAGGCGCUGCUGGACGAGGCGCGGCCGCUGUUCGACCGCUACCGCGCCAUGUUCGCCCUGCGCAACGCCGGCGGCAAGGAGGCAGCCCUGGCGCUGGCCGAGGGCCUGGGCUGCCGCAGCGCCCUGCUCCGCCACGAGGUGGGCUACGUGCUGGGCCAGCUGCGGCACGAGGCGGCGGUGCCCCAGCUGGCGGCCGUCCUGGCGCGCGCGGCCGAGAACCCGAUGGUGCGGCACGAGUGCGCCGAGGCCCUGGGUGCCAUCGCCCAGCCCGCCUGCCUGGAGGCGCUGCGGGCGCACGCGGCGGACCCAGAGCGUGUGGUGCGCGAGAGCUGCGAGGUGGCGCUGGACCUGUACGAGCACGAGCGCGGGGCGGCCUUCCAGUACGCGGACGGGCUGGAGCGGCUGCGGGCGGGGGCGAGCUAGGCCGGCCAAGCCCGCCCUGGGGGGCCCCGCCCCGCCCCCGGACCGGUCUGGUUCUGCCGCCCGCUCCCGCGCCUCCCCGGGUGUAGACGCUCUUGUCCCCCUCCCAGCCCGGGACCUGCGUGUCCCCUGCGCCCCCCCAGGGCCUGGCGCAAGGCUCCACCGAGCAAGUUCCUGCGCACGGGGCCUCGUGAGAGGACCCGGGGGCUGUACCUGAGCUUGGAGGCAGGCUGGGGCUCCGGGGCUCCACUCCGCUCAGAAAGGGCCGCAGGGGCUGGGGGUCGGAGCUUGGCCCCCAGGGCAGGGAGAGGGCACGGAGCUGGGCGCUGGUUGGAUCCGGUGAGGUCCCCAGCGGCCGGGCUGCUGCCCACGCGGAACAUUAAAUUAUUUUUGCCAAGUGGAGGCUCCUGUGAGUGUGUUGGGGGAAUCGG